GCAAACAGUAAUACCCUACAGUAUAAAGCUUUACAAAAUAAAUGGAGAAACGAUUAUUUCAGAAGCUUCCCUACAGAGGGAAUUGAUUGAAAUUUAGCAAGCACUUUUCCACAAUUACAGGAAUGAAAUACAGCAGUGAAAGCUACAGAAACAAAGCCGUAGUUUCCAUUAGACAGCCACUGACCGACAAGGUUGCACAUGAGCCUUUUCGUCAGCGACCCUUUAAUCGGCUCAUUAAAGAGACACCUCUGUGCACCGUCCUUGUCUGACACUACUAAUCCUUCAUAAUAAAAUCAUAGAGGAGGAACGUCACCGUUUGCUUUUCCGUUUGCUUUUAUUUGACAUCCAGGUUGUAUGAAUAGGGGAUUGUUUGACACCGCACCCGUGCUUAUGCGGAAAUUAAGACCUUUCUUUGGAAGUUGAGCUUCCUCAGUAGCUGAAUUAAAUUUUGCGGCUCAAGUUGUAACCCAUUAAUUAGGAUCUGAUGUCAGGAGUAGGGAGGUCUAUGAAAAAGGACUGUUUUGCCUCUGGGGCGCUCUCCUCGUCGUCGCUGAAAGGGACAUUUACUAAAAUCCGACAGAAGAAAGCCAAACCGCACAGGAAAUCCCAGCCAAGGAAGAAAGAGGACAUCGAGAGCGACUGUGAACUUUGCAGGUGCUCGUCCUCCCCGAAUGUUGGUAGCAGCAGAACGGUUCGGCGGAUUCUGACUGCUUGCGUCAUCUCGCUCUUGGCUCUCCUCGGAUCGGUGUCCGUGGACCUCGGCCCAAGCCUGCAGGUAUGGCGGGACACCGAGGCCGCGCUCAAUGAGCUCACUUCGUGCAAGAGCGUCCUCAUUCUCGGGCUCAUUCGGGAGCUGCAGAGUGACCAAGACUCCUGUAACGCCACGUCCCCUGGAGCUUGUCAGCACUUAUCCACCAACAUCAUACCGAGAAUCAGCCACCUCUGUCAUACCCUGGAUCUUGAAGUUAAUGUUUCUGGACAGUUAUGUGCUGAAGAUCAAAAGGAAAUCUGUCAGACACUUCUUUUGGUGCUACCCACUGUCCUUAAUGGCACAGGAGAAAAAGAAGACUCAGAUACAAAUGUCACAGGAACUGCUUUCUCCCUGACCAUUUCAGAGCUCUUGGACCUCUGGGGAGAUCCAGAGCUGGAUAUCUGGAGAGUGAGGUUCAAUCCUGACUGGGCAGAUGUAUUGUCUCUUAAACUUCUCCUGAGGUUCCAGGUGGCUGCCCGAAACACGAGGGAGUCAUUCUCACCCCUGCCCAAUCAACACCUUGUGAAUUCCUGGUAUCACGCGGUGAGCCAUCUGAGUUUUGCUAUGUUGGUGUCAGAGAAUCUGCAGAGCUGUUGGCUGGAAAAGGGCAACGUAUCCCAGCAUGCAACGGGGCUAAGAAAGCCUCCAAUUCUCCUGCCUUUGUGGACUUCCUUCGGCAUGAGCUCAGUCAGCCACACCGAUGCAGUCAUUUACACGCUGGGUGAUGUACAGAACUGCUUGCUGGACAGGGCGAGACAGACUUUGAAGAAGAAAUCGAGAGACUUCAUCUCCACUGUGAGCCUCAAGCUAUGCUUGCUGUCUAUUGCCUGUCUCAUCUAUCCCAUAGUGCUACUGUCCUUUAAGCAGAUGACAGAGUGGAUAGAGAACUAUGCAAGGAGCCUAAAGGAGAGAACUGAGGACCUGAAGCAGGAGAGACGUCUGGCAGAAGACCUCUUGCACCAGAUGUUACCCAAAUCUGUAGCUAAGCAGCUGCGACAGCAGAAACACGUAGAAGCUGAGAGUUAUGAGAAGGUGACAAUAUUCUUCUCGGACAUUGUGGGCUUUACUGCUAUCUCAGCCUCGUGCACCCCCCUGCAGGUAGUGGAGAUGCUGAACAACCUGUACAUGUGCUUUGACACCCGCAUUGACUCCUAUGACGUGUAUAAGGUGGAGACUAUUGGAGAUGCCUACAUGGUGGUGAGUGGCCUUCCGGAGAGGAAUGGGGACCGGCAUGCUGAUGAGAUUGCCAAAAUGUCCCUGGACCUGGUGGCUGCUGUGCGGCAGGUGCCCAUACCACACAUGCCUAGUAAACGGCUGCAGCUCAGGGCUGGCAUCCACACAGGUCCCUGUGUCGCGGGGAUUGUGGGCUACAAGAUGCCGAGAUACUGCCUGUUUGGAGACACUGUCAACACAGCCUCGAGGAUGGAGUCCACCAGCCUGCCUCAAAAGGUUCAUGUCAGCUCUGCCACCUACCUCGCUCUGAAAAAGGAUGAUGCCUAUGAGCUUCAGCUGAGAGGGGAAAUAGAAGUUAAGGGGAAAGGUAAAAUGAACACAUACUGGCUGGUAGGCCACAAGAAUUACAGCGUUCAGAAUGACAGCCUGGUGUGUCACUGGAAUCCCAAUCUAUCAAGAAACAAGAAAGGGGGAGAUGGGAGCAAUGCAUCUGUUGAGCAGUCUAACACUAGCAUCACAGUCUGGAGCAUCAGUGAGAACACUACCCCAGUUUCCAUGGUGGAUUACAGCCCUAAUGGCCGGCCUCUGCCAGAGCCCGCCCACACCACAGCUCCAGAAAGCCCACUGUGCGUGUCGGCGCUGGUGGAGCAGCCCCCAGGCACGCCUGGGACUCUGGGAUCAAUGACCGGAGGGCUCCAGAGCUGCAGCAGUGAAGGUGCUAGCCCCAGACUCUGGACCAGCAAUGGGACAGCUUUCUCUACACAAGGGGGCAAAACUGACCUGCUGCCUGGCUCAGUCCAUCAGGAAUAAACACGCUGGCUCCUCUGGACAGAAUAUGAAUGUAUUGUAUAUAUUGUAUUUUUGUAUUGUUGAAAGAUGGUUUUCAUACAGCAUACAGGUUUUCAUACAAUGCUGUUUUCAUACAGCAUUUCACAAUGGGCAAGGUUUUUUAGAAUUAGUGUUUUCUUAUGUUAAGGAAGAUUCACAACAGAAUUUAGACUUUGCACUUGUAGUCAAAAUGCAUCUUUCUUCCUGUUUUCCCUUCAAAAAGGACUUUUGAAAGGUUCUGUAUAAUUGUAAUAGGAUUAAAUGAAACACUCUAAAACUAAGGUUACAGGCUUAUUUUUUGGUGAUGUAUAGAGACAGGUGAUUUUAUAGGCUAAAAGAGUUAAAAUGUAGAGCAGUCAGAAAUAAAAAAAAACAUUUGACUAUAAAAAGAGGAAAUAUCAACAGAAAAGAACAAUUUUGUCUGGGAAGAAGAUUUAAUAACGGGUUUUAUGCGAUAGAUCUAUAAUGAUCUCAAAAGAAAUAGUUCUCUUACAAAUUGUCCCAAAAGCUACAGCUUUCGAAUACAAUUAAAUGCAAAUUCAUGAACCGUUAACAAGUAUUUUUCACAUGCUGGUCUGUGUAUGGAUGUAAGGAAGAUUACAAACACAUUAUUUGCAUGAACAAUUAUUUAUUCAGAUGUGGUCCUCUUGAGAAAAAAAUAGGCCUUUCUUGCCACAGUUUUAUUCAGAAAAAAUUACAUCAAAUUACCUUGUUUCCAUGAUUACAGCAAUUAUCUGUAGUGCUCACCUGAUGUGGUUUGCCAGUGAAGGAGAAGGCUGGUACACUAAGACUCUAUUGUUUGUUAAUAAAAUGAACCUCAGGUGUAAUUGCACUUGGCUGAUCACAGGACCAGACUGAAAAGCUAGCUUUUGUUGUUGCACACUGCUACUGCCAGAAAUUUACAUUGGGUGGAACAAAGCAAAACUAAAUUUCUAGGGUUAUUUUUUUUUAUAAAUUCUCUUUUACAUGGAGCUUCAUGAAUAUUUCUGUUUUAAUUAGGUUUAUGUUGUUGUUUCAAAUCCUUUUUCCUGCAUGAAUGCCGUGAAUUUAGAAAGAAAACUACAAGCAUGGCAUUGUGAAAAAUUAAAUAAAACUUUUAAAGACUUGCCAGUCACAAAAAAAUGUCAUAGUCAUCUGUGUAUUAUUUUGAGAUCUUCACGUGUAAUCAACUAAAAGCCCACAGCUACAAUUGAAAUAGUCACAAUAAAUUACACACUAAUAAACAGAGUAUAAUAUGCUUUUU